CCCAUAAACAGGAAGUGAAUGUUUCCUCACCAUUGAUGGCGUUCGCGACAGGGUUGUCAGCGUUAGGAGCGUGUCCAGGCUGAGGACAUGGCGGGAUCAGCCGUUCUCGGGACUUUACGGACUCUGGUUCCGAUCGACUCCGUCCUGUCGCGUUGGAACAGCGCCCCCAUCAGGAGGCUUCAGCUGUGCUCCGCCUUAUAUGCAGGUCACAAUAAGUGGUCAAAGGUCAAGCACAUUAAGGGCCCCAAAGAUGAGGAGCGCUCCAAGAAGUUUUGCAAACUUUCUAUGCUUAUAAGGUUAGCUGUGAGAGAGGGUGGACCCAACCCAAGUUUGAAUGCAAACUUAGCCCACAUACUGGAGCAAUGCCGAAGCCACAGCAUGCCGAAAGCGUCGGUAGAAACUGCGAUCAAAAAUGCGGAAAAGGCUAAAUUACCGACCCACCAUUUGUAUGAAGCUCGGGGGCCCGGUGGGUGUUCGUUGCUGAUCGAGGUCCUGACUGAAAACAACCCUGUCACCCAGAGCGAAAUCAAACGCCUGCUUCUCAGAAAUGGAGCCUUGUUUUCAGACGGCGUCCGCCAUAACUUCACCAAGAGGGCCUUGGUUUUGGUGCAGGGUCAGGACAUCACGGCUGAGCGUGCCUUGGACUUGGCCAUUGAAGCAGGAGCCGAGGAUGUCCAGGAGACUCAGGAUGAGGAGGAACAGCGCCUACUGCAGUUUAUUUGCCAGGCGACAGACGUGUACCGGGUCCGGAACUCCCUGGCAGAGCUGGGAAUGCAAAUUAACUUUGCCGGAGUGGAGUUCACGCCCCGCACCUACACAUUUUUGGACGACACCCAGCUGGAAGCCUGCGCAACACUAAUUGAGACGAUCAGUAACCGUCCAGAUGUGAUCCGAGUGUGGGACAACAUUCAAGUUGAGAGCUGAGGAAACCUGCUUUCUGGACAUUUACAGAGAAAAUGAUUUGCCAACCGAUUGCUGGGUGCUGGUCCUGCUGUCUGUUAGUGUGCAUCAUGGCAACACAAAAAUUAUAUUUCCAGUGUAUAAAUAUGAGCGUAUCUACACAUUAAAAGCCAAGUGGCCUCUGUGG